UCAGCGAAACCUCACACCCGAAGACCGGCUGUUUAGUAACAGCCAACUUUGACAUGAGUGACAUGCUAAAAUCUUAAACCUUGCUGGGCGCUAUGGUUAUAUGAAGUUGGUGAAUGAGUACGUUCAUGAAACGAUGGUUCCAUAUUACAAACGCCAGUUGUCUAGUGCCACACUACCGAGAGAGCCAAAUGUACAAGCCCCAACAAACAAUGAUGUGCAGUCUGUGAUUUAUGUAGAGAAAAUCACCACAAACACAGCUGCAAUCAUCAAAGGUGGAUCUGUUCUGGCAGUGGAUCAGUCUAUAAUAAGGGAGAUAGAUACCAUCGGCAACUAUGGGGCAGUCCGAAACAAGCCGACAAAGGUUAAUGGAAGGACCAGAAAAAUGGUACAUAUCCCUACCAGGAACCUUCAUCCAGACCUUGUCAGAGAGGUAGAGAAAUGCCUGGGACCCACUGAAACUACAGCACCUUCAACUCCUACCGCAUCUGCAACAGAAUCUACAAGAACAACUCCUGAAAUCCUGACAACCUCACAUACACCUAGAUCUACCUCUGAACCUCAAGAUUCACCACCUACCACAUCUGCAACAACAUCUACAAGAACAACUCCUGAAGUCAAGACAACCUCACAUACACCUAGAUCUACCUCUGAACCACAAGAUUCACCACCUACCACAUCUGCAACAACAUCUACACCAACAACUCCUGAAAUCAAGACAACCUCACAUACACCUAGAUCUACAUCUGAAACUCAAGAAUCACCUGUAUCCACUUCACUGACUGAUCAAAGACAUACACCACCAGCUGCAACUCCAUUACAGACAGUCAGCACUCACUCAAAUAAAGCCCCAGUGCAGCUGGUUAAGGGGAAAAGGAAAUUAGACAUGUUAUUGCUGCCCACUGAAGUGUCGGCCGACGAAUUAUGUAAAAAGUGCUUUAAGCGAGGGAGAAUUGGCAUGCGGUGGAUUGAGUUCGAGAUUUGUGAACAGUGGUAUCAUGCAACAUGCAUGGAGAUAGGAAGGACACAGUACAUGAAAAUUCAAAGGAACGAAACGACUUGGGAAUGUUGUUGAUACUAUUAGAAAUA